GGUACUCACCCAGUAUCUACAGUUCACUCGCUGUCUUCACAUCAGGAAAAGCAAAAGUGACAUAACGCAACCGCAGUGGAAGGGUUUUAUUUUUCCUUUGCUUUCGAGUUGAUAGGCUGCAGUGUUUUCUAUCUUCAAGCUUACGCCGACCUCGACCAACGAUAGAAAGUUACACAGUUGCUCUGCCAGGGCUCGGUGCGUUUGCUGUGAAUUUUCAUUUUUUUUGGAAGGGUCAAAUAUCGAGUGACGUAACUGAUAAACGUUAUCGUUAACGUUAUAAAUGACAACUAUACACACAGAACGCCCAUACCGACAAUUGUUACAAGCUUUGUCAGCCAAAGUUUUACCAGCAAAGAAGAAAAUGGUCAAUGCGUACGAUAUCUUCGGCGGCGUGUGCGUCUUCAUAGUUUCGGUGCAGCUGCUGAGAAAAGUGUUCCCAUGGAUCUACGAGAACCUUCUGGGUCCGAAGCUGUUUGGUUCAACUAUUAAGCUGAAGGAGAUGGGUGAAUGGGCAUUGGUUACCGGAGCAACGGAUGGAAUUGGCAAGGCCUACGCGAAAGCACUUGCAAAUAAAGGUCUCAACGUAAUUCUGGUUAGUCGAACACUCUCCAAGCUCGAGGAUGUGGCCAAAGAAAUCGAACUGGAAUCUAAGGUACAAACCAAAGUCAUUCCAGUCGACUUCACAAGCGGACAAGCAAUCUACGACACAAUCGCGGAGCAAACGGAUGGUCUAGAGAUCGGUGUCUUGGUGAACAACGUAGGCAUGAGCUACGCAAAUCCGGAGUACUUUCUUGCAAUUGCCGACCAGGAAAAAUUUGUGGAAAGUCUGGUAACCUGUAACAUUUUCUCUGUAACACGUAUGUGCAAGAUUUUCCUGCCUGGCAUGGUGGAACGCCGUAGGGGAGUUGUCAUCAACAUAUCCUCACUGUCAGCGGUCAUCCCCGCGCCGUUGUUGACUGUGUACGCUGCUUCGAAGGCGUUCGUGGACAAAUUCAGCGAAGAUUUAGCAACGGAAUACUCCAAGCACGGCGUGUUUAUUCAGUCGGUGUUGCCAGGCCCAGUGGCAACCAAUAUGUCGAAAAUACGCCGAGCCACCUGGAUGGCGUGCUCUCCUAAAACAUUUGUCUCUAGUGCGCUCAGCACCCUUGGAAUUGCGCGUCACACUACAGGAUACUAUCCGCAUUCGCUACUAGAGCAGAGCAUUGGGCUAAUCGGACUCGUUUCCCCGACGCUUUCACGGAGGAUAACCCUCAAUACGAUGGAGAACAUUCGAGCAAGAGCGCUGAAGCGAACUACAAAUAAGCAAGAGACUGUCAAGUAAAAAUUGACGACUAGACUGGACACUACAGAUAUUGUUACUAAAGACGAUCGAAACAAGCGGUUUGUGUGGACAAUAGGUGCAUCUUUGUCAGCCAACGCACAGAAAUUAAAGUACUAAAACUGAAGAGGCAUACCAAAAUCCGAUUUCUUCUCUCAUGCUACAAGGCUAAGUAAUACUAUAAUAGAAGCGAUACAGGCAUUUGUUAAACUAUAGUUUAUAAAAUAGAAUUAAUUGUUGCAACCUGAUAAAAACGGGAAAUAAAAUAUUGGAUACGAGUAGUGUCGGCGUAUCUCCGAGUCUAA